AACAAGACUGUCACUGAGUUGAAGACAAACAGUACGAAUGAUUUGUGGAGCACAACCCGCUCUCUAACUGUAUUUAUUGACACGGAGACAAUAGUAAAGAAGAUAGCGCAGAGCAUCAUGUUUUCCCGCAGGUGGAGGUUUGGUUGGGACAGGUACACUGAGGUGGACCUCUUCGCAGACCGCCAUGAGACCAAUGCAGAGACUCUGUCCCAGGCCAUCAGAGCUGCUGCAGCAUCCGAGGAGCCAGAUGCAGACGGCAGCGUGCUGUUUGGCCACCUGAGGGGAAGCGUGGUCGGCCUCAGAUAUUACACAGGGGUGGUGAACCGAGGGGAGAUGGUGGGUUUAGUGCGGGAGCCCCAGAAUCCAUAUGACCGCAACGCAGUCAUGGUUGCCAACGUUUAUGGCAACCAGGUAGGACACAUCAAGAAGGAGCUGGCUGCAGCGAUGGCCUACGUCAUGGACAACAACCUGGCUAAAGUAGAGGGGGUGGUGCACUCAGGGACGAACAACUCUUUCAACAUGCCAGUGAAUCUGUCUUUCUGGGGGAAAGAAGAGAACAAAAACACUGUGAUGGAAUCUCUGGCACGUCGCGGAUUUAAGCUGAACACAGGUGUAGGCGUUCAAACAGGUGCAUCUCAGAAAUCAUUCAGUGCUCCAGGUACUUAUGGAUUUCCACCUAAAAAAGGCUUGACCAUCCCACUAACUGCAGAUGAGCUAAAGAAUGCAUUUGAUAACCUGUUUGAAGGGUUGAUGGAGAGUAAAGAUGGGGAGAAAGAAGCAGCUGAGUAUGACUUGAGUAGCCACAACUUUAAAGCUACCUGCCCAACAUCGCAAGGACAAGAAAAAGCGCACCUACCAGAGCUGCUGUUUUCUACAUUAACAACAAAAAUGGGCAUUACACAGCUGCUAUUUACACUGCCUGCAUCUCUUUCUGCUUUUCAGGGUAAAACUCUGACAACAAUCUCUCUGAUCCUCACCAACUUUCACAAAGGAAAGCCGCUGCCUGUCGAGAAAAGUGAGAAGCAAUUUUCACCUACGAAGGCUAAAGCUAAACCACAGAUGGCCUCUAAACUGCAAGGGAGCAGCAAAGCAGGAAUGGAUGAUACUGCAGGUGGCUCUCAAUGCUCAGAGCGUACCCAGGUGGAGGUAACCAGCGCUGAUACACCAGAUGUAGUGGACGUAGCAGAUGAUCCAGGGAAAAGUACCAGCAAAGGAAAGAAGAAACCCACCAAGCGAAAGCCCAGUAAAGAGGCUUCAGUAUUGUUUGAGGAUCUGGAUUUUGCUGCAGCGCUGACUGGCUCAACAUCAGAUACAGGCUCAAAGAAGAAGAAAACUGCCAAUGUCACACAGCGUAUGGAUUCAUCCGUCACUGAAAACACAGAUGACCUCUCAGCCAGAACAACUCUCAUCAUCUGUCCACUCUCUGUGCUCAGCAACUGGCUGGACCAGUUUGAGCAGCAUGUGCAUCCUAACGUCAAGCUAAAUGUGUAUCUGUACUAUGGUUCAGAACGCAACAGGAGCAAGCAGUUUCUGUCCUCUCAGGAUGUGGUGAUCACCACGUACAAUGUUCUUUCUUCUGACUUUGGGAAUAAAAGUCCUCUACAUGGGAUCAGCUGGCUGAGGGUCGUGCUGGAUGAAGGACACAUCAUAAGAAACCCAAAUGCACAGAUGAGUAAGGCUGUGCUCGGCCUGAAAGCUCAGAGGCGCUGGAUUCUGUCAGUCUCUGCUGUAGGUGCUGCAGCAACGCCAGCAGAGCUGCGGGAGCGUCUGAUAGAAAAGUUGCGCUUGGUGUUGGCCAGCGGCUCUGACGAGGAAUGCUCGGUGUGUCUGGACUCAGUUCAGCUUCCCGUCAUUACACACUGUGCCCACGUUUACUGCCGGCCCUGCAUCGCACAAGUCAUCAGCACUGAGCAGGACAAAGCACGCUGUCCUCUCUGUCGAAGUGAGAUCAAAACCAGUGAACUGGUGGAGUUUCCACAAGAGGAACUGGACGACGAAAAUAGUACCAACUCUGAGAGAUGGAGGACAAGCUCAAAGGUGCAGGCGCUGAUGGGAAACCUACUCAGGGUGCGAAGUGAAGACAGCAGCAUCAAGUGUUUGGUCGUCUCUCAGUUUACGCGCUUCCUCACCAUCCUGGAGACGCCACUCAGGUGUACCCCUAUCCAGAACAGUGUGAAGGAUCUGUGGAUGCUGCUGGCCUUCCUGCGUCUGAAGCCCUUCGAUGUACGAGAGUGGUGGAACAGAGUAAUCCAGAGACCAGCUAUGCAAGGAGACAGGGCCGGCAUGCAAAACCUCCAGACCCUGGUGAAGUGCAUCACCCUGCGACGGACCAAGACCAGCGAGGUGAAUGGACGUCCUCUGGUGUCGCUGCCUGACAAGACGGUGUACGUGGAGCAGGUCGAGCUCAGCCAGUCGGAGAGGGAGGAGUACGAGCGGGCACGCAAGGAAGGAAAAAACAUCAUCAAGAGGUGUGUGUCGAGUGCACAGGCCUGGAAUCCAGCCACAGAAGAGCAGUGUAUUGACCGCUGCCACCGAUUGGGCCAGAAGAAGAACGUUGUUGUUACCAAGUUCAUUGUCAAGGAUUCGGUGGAGGAGAACAUGGUAAAGAUCCAGAAGAAGAAGCAGGACCUGGUGGAGAAGGCGUUCGGCUCCACAAACAACGACAGGAAAACAUCUCGCAUCGAUGAAAUCCAAGCUCUGUUGGAGCUGUGAUGGACUUUAACUGACGUAACAACAUGGAAACAACAUGGAAGAUUUGUAGUUGAAGUGUCUGUGUUCCUUUGUUAAGAAAGAACUGCACAGAAUUUUUGUACACUUUAAAUUUUGGUUGAGAGUUGAUUUUCCAUGUUUUUUGUUUUGUUUUUUUUAAUUUCUGCUUUUAUUUAACAAGUUAGCACUUUAAUACUGAUUAAUUUGCAGGAUGCACCAUGUGGGAAGCUUUCGUAUUUGUUCAGCUGUUUGUCUUCAUUUAGAUCAUUAAGUCAAACCUGUGCUAAUAAACAGACUGUGGCUGAUAUAUAUUGAGUUAAAAGUCAACACCCUGACAUAUAGACUGGAUAGAGAUGCCCACAUGUUGUACCAGUGUGAGAUUUCAAUAAGGAACAUCUAACAGGUGUGAAGAUGUUGGAGUUCUUGCACCAAUCCUGGAUUAAAAAAAUGCAGACCACUAA